UUCUCUCUCGCACAUUAGCUCUCUCAUCUAUCCCUCUUAUCUCUUAUACACCCUAGCUUUGACUAGUCUGUAGACAAUAGCUAACUCAAUCAUACACAACUGUUCUCGUCUUGCUCAUCGAAGUUAACAUCGAAGCUCGCUAGCCAGGCAUCACGUUUCUUGUUCGUGGCAGAGAUGCCAUCCUCGUCGACGACGAACACAUCGGAUGGCACCAAGUCGUCAUCAUGUCCGAGAGGCCACUGGCGGCCUGGGGAGGACGAGAAGCUGAGGCAGCUCGUCGACAAGUACGGGCCGCAGAACUGGAACUCCAUUGCUGAGAAGCUGGAGGGGAGAUCAGGCAAGAGCUGCCGGCUCCGGUGGUUCAACCAGCUGGACCCCCGGAUCAACAAGCGGCCCUUCACGGAGGAGGAGGAGGAGCGGCUGCUCAACGCCCACCGCGUCCACGGCAACAAGUGGGCCCUCAUCGCCCGCCUCUUCCCCGGCCGCACCGACAACGCCGUCAAGAACCACUGGCACGUCGUCAUGGCGCGCCGCAGCCGCGAGCGCUCUAGGCUCCUUGCCAGGGCCGCAACCUCCUCCUCGCCGUCCUCGGCGUACCCCUUCGGCGCCGGCACGCCGGCGGCGAGCUCAUCGCUCUGCUUCGGCUUCUCCAAGCUCGGGGGCGGCGGUGGCAUGUUCAGCUCGCCGCCGGCUGCUCGUCCUACUUCACUGUUCAAGAGCUUUGGCACAGCUACUGGCAGUAAGAGCUUUCUGGGGGCGAGCUUCGAGGCGGCGAGGUACAGCUACAGCGGCAGGCAGGCGGCGCCGCCUGUCUCCAUCACCUUCUCCUCUCCAAGAGAAGCUCUGACCAUGGAUAUCGGCCGCCAUGGCCACCAUGAGCACGUGCACGGCCAGAAGGAUUACCAUGCCAGCGAAGGCGGCGAUGAGGCGCUGAAGAGGAAGGACGUGCCCUUCAUCGACUUCCUCGGCGUCGGCGUUUCCUCGUAAUUAAAUUGAGUUCUUUAAGGACCAAUCGGUGAUCAAUCAAGUGUAUUGAUCGGUGUUGUUUGUUAGGGCAUCGUCACUAAUUUAAUUAAAUUGGAAGCAGUAGUUCAGGAUAAGUAUGCAGCAGGGAUAGAGCAUCAUCGUUAAUGGUUUAUUAGGGCAUUGUGAUCAUGUGCUGAUCGAUCGAUCGAUCAAAUAAGGUUCAAGACACAUGGUUAAUUCCUUAAAGUGUAUUUAUUACCUAGUCUACUACA